CCGUCGGGGGUCGGUGCUGGCCGGCCUCGGGCCCGGAGGCUUUAAGCCUGCGUUUUAAGGGGAAAAAAGGGUAAAAUGGGUGAAGGAGCGGAGGUGUGUUACGGUGCUCCCGCCCCAGCCAGGCCCUGGCCGCGGUGCACUCUUGUCCUUGCCCUGUAAUUCCCGUUUAUUCACAAAAGAGCGGCGGUGGGAUGAGCGAGGUGCUGUGGUGCCGGCCCUGAGCGCCGGGACACGCUCGGGGUCAGGCUCGGGGUCAGCACGGCGCUCCUCCUCCGUGGGGCGUGGGACAGCCCGAGUCGCCUCCCCUGACCGAAUUGUCACUCCUGACCAAAUUCCUGUGACCUCCAGGUCUUUCAGGUAAGUCACAUUCCCUCCCCGUGCUGCUCCCUGGACGGGACCCUUUCCGUGGGAGGUGAGGUGAGUACAUGGCAUUCCCAUCAAGGGUCUGAGCUGGGAUCCCGCCGGUACCUCUGGGACAUUCCCGGCACCGUCGCUCGUUUUCAGGCGUUCUGGUCGCUGAGGGUUUUUUCCUGUUAAACUCCAGGUUUUGAUCCACCUCAUCCUAGGGAGCAAAACCCAUUGCGUGUUGUUCCUGUGGCUCUUGGUUUUGUGCUCUGGGAGAUGCUGUGACACCAAGAAAGGUUCUGAGUUUGGCUGCAGAGUCUUUGGUUUGGGGAAUUGGUCCAGAACAGAGAAGUUUGGGCAUACUCUGGCAGUGCCCUGGAGCAGUGCAGGAUGGACCCCGUGGUUCUCAGCUACAUGGACAGCCUGCUGAGGCAGUCGGACGUGGCGCUGCUGGAGCCCCCAAACUGGCUCAAUGACCACAUCAUCGGCUUCGCCUUCGAGUACUUUGCCAACCAGCAGUUCCAGGAGUUCAGCCACCGCGUUUGUUUCAUCAGCCCCGAGGUGGCUCACUUCAUCAAGUGUGCCCUUAGUCAGGAAGAAAUAGCCAUAUUCCUCCAGCCACUGGACCUUCUCCACAAGGAGCUGCUGUUCCUGCCUAUCAAUGACAACUCCAGCCAGGCCGCUGGGGGCACCCACUGGAGCUUACUGGUUUAUUUCAGGGACAAGAAGUGCUUCGCCCAUUACGAUUCCCACAGUAAAUGCAACUCUGCCCAUGCCAAGCAAGUGGCAGGGAAACUGGAGGCCUUUCUGGGAAAAAGAGGGGGCAAAGCCACCUUUGUGGAGGAGAAGGCUCCGGCACAGCAGAACAGCUACGACUGUGGGAUGUAUGUGAUUUGCAAUGCUGAGGCUCUGUGCCACGGCUACUUCCAGGACCGGAUGGAGCCUCUGCUGCAGCUCCUCACCCCCUCCUACAUCACGCGGAAGAGGUCAGAGUGGAAAGCUCUCAUCACGAAACUGGCACAGAAGUGAUGGGGAUGCACCUUCAGCCCCCCCAAAAACUGCCUUCCCAGUCCAAGAGGCAGCACCCCCAGUGCCUGAGGGAGAUGCCCAUGCGCAGGAUUGUCCCAAAGAAAAAGAAUGUAACCCCUCUAGCAUGGCUACACCCCCCAAACACCCCAUUCCCUCCAGGAAAAGCCUUAUUCUCCUCUCAAAAUCACCGGCCUUUCAACUUCUAAUGACAAGAGUCACUUUGCUUUCAAAGAAACCCUCUCCAUGGUAAAUUUUUACAGUAAUCGCUGUGGCGAAACAGGUUGCUAAAGAGACUUCUCCACCUGUGCCCAGCAGGCAACACACCCUCAUCAGGUGGCUUUAGUUGGCUCCAGGCAUUGUCCUUCCAAGCCAGGUUUAGCAAAUGCUUUUUAAACCCAAGCCCCCGAGUGCUUUAUCGUGGACAGUUCUAGUUUGUGCCUCCUGUUAAUAGUAUUGGAGCAAUGUGGGAUUUAGCAGCCAAGAUUUUGUACCCCUGAAAACCUGACAUUGAGAUGUCACUGCAAAAAGAUAAGACUGCAAAGGAAAUGCUACAAUUAAUUUAAGAACAGGGUAAAAUCAAAGUCAGUUUUCAUCAGCCAGGUGCUCCUUGGCCACACAGUGAUUGGCUUUCUUUGGUCCCCCGCCCCUGCUUGUUCUUAUUGCAAAUUAAAACCCAACUCUGAACUGCUGGAAGAUUAAUAGGAAGCUGAGAAAGCCAGUCCUAGAAAAAGAAAAUUGAGAUGAAAAGUAGCACUCACUCUUUGAAGUCUAGGGUUUUUCAUUAGGAUUUUAGGUUGUCUCUGUGUGGGGAGGGUUCAUCAGUGCUCUCCAACCCUUGUUAGUGGUCGCUGCUCUAACACAAAACCAGUUCUGUUACUUGAGAGAAAAAAAAACACCAGGGAGAACAAAAGGACAGAGUUUGAGGUAUAAAAGCCAAAGAUAACUGUGGGCUCGUUGAAGUCCUUAAUGCACUUCAGAAAACUGAAACACUUCUCGUCCUGUGCUGGAUGAUGACUGGGAUCCCAGAGUGGAUCCUCUCCUCAAAGACAGGCUUAGCAGUGUGGAAAAUAAAAAUUAAACUGAGAUGUUUUUGCAGGAUAAGGAAUAAUCUCAGCAGAGAGAUGAGAAGCAAAGAGCAGGUUGCUCAGGUGGUGUCUAGCCGAGCAACCACACCCCUAUCUGAGAAGGGAAAUGCGGGUUAAAUACAACCCUUGAGGAAGGAUUAUUUUUAACCCGGAGCUCUUCACCACCGGUGUGUGCAGCAGCACAGCACCGAAGGGACGGAGGGCUUCCCUUGCUCCAAGUGAAAGUCAAUAAAUCAGCCCAGGCUGCCCCAAAACACCCUCAUGGCAGCACUGGGGCCUGACAAGGGUUGGGGCCAUUCCCCUCCUUCCUAUCACUGCCUGGACAGGAAACAGUCUCAGCACCAGCCCUCCCUGGAAAACCCACUCAGCUGGAGCCAGAACAGGAUCCAGCCGCUCACUGAAGGGGAUUCCCUGAGGGGCUUUGUGAGACCAACGUCACUGCCACUCCCAAAUCCCGAAUAAAACUCAGAGCAAACCAUGCGA